AUGUUCGGGAUCCAGGAGAGCAUCCAGAGAAGCGGCAGCGGUCUGAAGGAAGAGCCGCUGGGAGGCAUGAACGUCCGGAGCUGGAUGCAGGGAGGCGGCGUGCUGGACGCCAACACGGCCGCUCAAAGUGGAGUGGGUCUGGCCCGGGCUCACUUUGAGAAGCAGCCGCCCUCCAACCUGCGGAAGUCCAACUUCUUCCACUUCGUCCUGGCUCUGUACGACCGACAGGGCCAGCCGGUGGAGAUCGAGAGGACCAACUUCGUAGACUUCAUCGAGAAAGAGAAGGAGUCGAGCGGGGAGAAGACCAAUAACGGGAUUCAUUACCGACUUCAGCUUCUCUACAGUAACGGCAUCAGAACAGAGCAGGACUUCUACGUCCGACUUAUAGACUCCAUGACUAAACAGCCGAUUGUUUAUGAAGGCCAAGACAAGAACCCGGAGAUGUGCAGAGUGCUGCUGACACAUGAGAUCAUGUGCAGUCGGUGCUGUGACAAGAAGAGCUGCGGAAAUCGUAAUGAGACGCCCUCAGACCCUGUUAUCAUCGACAGAUUUUUCCUUAAAUUUUUCCUCAAGUGCAACCAGAACUGUUUAAAGAACGCUGGGAACCCAAGAGACAUGAGAAGGUUCCAGGUGGUUGUGUCAACUACGGUGAGCGUGGAGGGACAUGUCCUGGCAGUUUCUGACAAUAUGUUUGUCCACAACAACUCAAAACACGGUCGGCGGGCCCGCAGACUCGACCCCGUGGAGGGAACCCCAUCUUACCUAGAACACGGAGCAGCUCCCUGCAUUAAGGCCAUCAGUCCCAGCGAGGGGUGGACUACAGGGGGCGCUACAGUCAUCAUUAUAGGAGACAACUUCUUUGACGGGCUCCAAGUUAUCUUUGGUACCAUGCUGGUUUGGAGUGAGCUGAUUACGCCACAUGCCAUUCGGGUGCAGACACCUCCCAGACACAUCCCUGGGGUCGUAGAGGUCACUCUAUCUUACAAGUCCAAACAGUUCUGCAAAGGCACACCAGGAAGAUUCAUAUACACCGCACUGAAUGAACCAACCAUUGACUAUGGUUUUCAGAGACUUCAGAAGGUUAUCCCUCGGCACCCUGGGGACCCUGAAAGGCUUCCAAAGGAGGUUAUUCUGAAAAGAGCAGCGGAUCUGGUGGAAGCCCUCUACGGUUUGCCUCAUAACAACCAGGAGAUCAUCCUGAAACGAGCAGCAGACAUCGCAGAAGCUCUCUACAGCGUUCCACGAACACACACCCAGCUCUCCGGCUCGACGCACACAGGCAUGAUGGGAGUGAACUCCUUCACUGGACAGCUGUCUGUCAACGUCUCAGAACCGUCACAAGCCAAUCAGGGGUUUGUGCGCAGCAGCAGUAGCGUGUCGCCUCAUGGUUAUGUGCCCAGCUCUACACCUCAGCAGACCAGCUACACCUCAGUCAGCAGCACCAUGAACGGCUACGCUAACAACGGUGGCAUGACCAACCUCGGAGGCUCGCCCACUUUCCUCAACGGCUCCGCCGCCAACUCGCCUUAUGCUAUCGUUCCAUCCAGUCCCACUAUGGCCUCAUCCACAUCUCUUCCCUCCAACUGUUCUUCUUCUUCUGGGGUUUUCUCCUUCUCCCCGGCCAACAUGGUGUCAGCAGCCGUUAAACAGAAGUCCGCCUUUGCACCGGUGGUGAGGCCAUCGUCCUCUCCUCCACCUUCCUGCACUAGUGCCAAUGGCAACGGGCUUCAAGAUCAAACAUUUGUGGACUCUAGCAAGUACUCAUCAGCCGGCUCUCUACAAGGCUUGGCCUUCACCUGAACAAUCCCAGGAAUGAUCGUCCCACCCAUGUAAAGGCGUGAGCGCGUGACUCUGUGUGUGUGUGUUUGUUGGUAUAAGAUGAGUCGAGCACACUCUCGCUGAUCCCGCUGGAGGAUUUGCUCCGAGACGGACUCCGGUUGGGGAUGGAGGUGUCCAUCCAGAUCUGAAGGAACAAAACCAACUCAGGCCCUUUCUAACACAAAAAUACAAGGAAAACAGCAAAACUGUUUGUAGAAAUCUUUGUACAAUGUAAUGCUUUUAUAGGAGAACUGCCACAUCCAAGAUUAUGACUCUCCAUGGUCACAAAAAAUGUAUUUUGGACAGAAUCCACUUCCUCUCUUCAGAGAUUGAUUUUCUUUUUCUUUUUUGUGCUACAUGUGUUGACCUUCUUUUCAAUGUAACCUACAGGAGCGAUUUUCUAUUUAUGGAGUUUUGUCUUCAAUGAAGGAGUAUAAUGUGAAGAGGACCUGAUGGUGAUGAGGAUGGUUUCAUACAGGCCUGAUGCAGCCAACACAGACAAGCCAAACCUUCACAGACAUACCUUCUCUUCUGUUUCUUGCCAAAACUACCCAUUCAUCACUCUCCCCACUAUAUUGUUUUAGUUGAAGGACUAUGAUUGUUCUGCUGAUGUAUAAGCCAUUCAGAAAAAUUCAAACGUUUACUUUUAACUUUUGUCUCAUGCAUCUUCUCUGUGGUUCUCAUGUGAUACAUUUUCUUUAAAAAAAAAAAAAAAGAUUAAGGAGAAAAGACUUCAAAUGAAUGUAGCUCCUCUCCAUCAGGUGUGAUUAUGAUUUGCCAACAUCAGCUCUAAUUGAUCUAACCCAAUUCAGUUUUAAAAUCAUUUUUAAGAGGGAAAACAUGUCUUAAAGGACUGCUGCCAUUAUCAAGUGUUUUGUGUGAAUUAGAUUCUUUCUUUUUUUUUUAUGUCGUUUUGUUUUGCUGUGUUGUUUUUACGCAGGAUGAACCGGCCAAUUUUGCUGUCUUUGAUGCUUGCCAUCUGACCAGGUUUAAUUGGCAAAAGGAGAAGAUUAAGCCAAUGGUCUGACUUACUAUACAUGCUGCACUGCAAAAAAUGCCUUUCAGAUUUAAAAAGCCUGUUAAACACCCACCACUGAAGUGAAAACAUAAGACAAAUCUUCCAUUCCUUCAAAACUGCAUGUGUGAUUUUAACAAGCUGUGUACCAUGGUAACAUUUCUAUUUUAAGAUGUUUAUAUGAUAUGUUGCAUCAUUUUUAAUUAAUCUCACUAUUAUGGUGCCAUAAAUUUAGUGAAUAAAGUUAAGGUAUAAGUGCUCAUGUUCAGAGACAAAAGGCCUGAGUUAAUGAUUACUGUUCCACAUGUUGGUAUAGCUGUCUUUACUCUUUACUUCUACUAAAUAGUUUCUGUUUCUGUUUGUCAAAGCUGUUAAAGUUGUUAGUGUCUUAAUGCAGAAUUUUCCAGCAUAUUCAAAAAAUAUUAACAAAUGUUUUGCCAGCCUAGAUUAGAUUGAGCUGGUAUUAGAAGUUGCUUGUAGAAAAUUACAAAUAACUUUUUUAAUAAUUAAUUUUAAAAAUCAUUAGCACUGCAGCAGUGAAAUGUAACAGCUGAUCAGCUUUCUGCAUGUUUCUGUUAGUAAAUUGGAUGAUUUAUAUUUGGUGAUGCACUUCAAGUCUCUGAGGUUACCAGAACUUUGUCUGGCCCUCUUUAAGUCAAAAGACACAUGUUGGUGAAAUUAAAAAAUUAUUUUAAAUCUAAAUCUGCCCUCGGUAUGAGUAGUUUUAGGCUUAACUUUAAAAUUGAGAUGUUGUUUUAAGCAUAACCUUGUCAAAGUACAACACAGAUAUCUAAUACUUUGAUGUGUGCAUAAAAAGAUUGGCAAUAAGGAACUAUUCUGCAACAACUGAUUUGAUAUAAACAACUAAGUUUAUUGAGCUUGGCCUUUUGUCAAAGCUGAAAUCUUGUGUCUCUAAAAAAAUAAAAUUUUACACACCAGUGACAAGAUAUGCUAUUUAGAUUCAACUUUUUGGGAUAAUUUAUUGACUUUUCUCUUUCUUCUGCACAUGUUUACGAAGCACUUACAUUUACUUUUCAUUUCUUAGAAUAAAGGAAGACAUUUUUUGCAGUGCAGGAAACUUUAUCGGUGAGAUGUCUUAAAGAAAUUUCACACGCAGCUGCUUUUUAAAAGAAUAAAAUACUAUUUGUCACCCGGUAGUGUGUGCUGCUAAAACAGUCUUAACUGAAUUAUACUAUUUUGCCAAAAUCCUUUUUUAAGUUUUGUCUGACUAAGCAGUCUUAUCUGAUGUGUGGGAUGGUUAACUUGUCGCAGAUUGACAUAAAUAUCUGAUGCUACCAUUAUGAGCUUUUUGUCACGGUUGGUUUAAUGUCAACAUUUCUUUUUUAAGCCUGGAGCAUUGAAUGCACAUAAAUCUGGUCUGUUUAUCCCCCAGGCUGAUGAUUUUUGCCACCAACAAAAACUUGGUUAAAUUAUUACUUGGACAUACAACUCAAAAACUUACAACUUAUAUGUGCUUAUGCUGUUUGUGUAACUUGCAAAAUUGUUUGUAAUAAAAUGUUCUCAGACCAGAAGCCCCCCUUUCCUAUAUUGAAGUCAUCAGAAAUAGGGAUGAAAGAAAAGUAUUUAAAAAGUUGGAGCAAACCUGCUGUGGUUUAAACCACAAAAACUGUCUUAUUAUUUGAAUUUAUUUGUUUUUGUCUAACAGUGUCUGUUUGGUAAAAGCCAUAUUUCCACUGCUAAUUUCAACCAAGCUAACAUAAGCCAUGGUGUACCUUUUUAUUAUGAAGACAUUAGGAUAUUUUUUAAUUUGUCAUCUGUAUUGUUUUUGUUCAAUUUAUCAUAAUUUGUUGUGUUAUUUAGAUGUAGAGUUUUUAAUAUGUUGUUAUAAUUCUGCUUGUCUUUAAUGAUACUGAGUUUAAUUAGGAUCAACAUUUCUUAAUGAAGGCCUGAAAGAAAUGAAGGAAAAAUGUUACCUUGUCUUUCUUUUCUCCUGCUAUUUUGGCUUUUACAAACUUUAUUAUUUUACUUUGCUGUCCUAGUAAGACUUUGUUUUUGCUUUCCUUGACUUUCUCUUUAAAAGAAAUGAGCCACCUAUUUAUUUAAUCUCAAUCAUGGGUCUAGAGACCACUCGUCAUGUUAAAAGUGAAAGUGACCGUGUGGGUGUGUAAAUGUAUGAGAGAACAGAUUUUUUCUUUCUGAAAAAGGGAAAUAUGAAGCAGAAGGAUCUUUUUUUCUGUUGUUGCCUACAUAAAUAAAUAAAUGUAAAGGGUUUUGCCUAAACAAGUAAGAUCCAGAGCACUUGUCUGACAACAUUGAUAUGAUUUAUCUGGGCUUGUCUGCAUUCAGGCUUGUGUUUGUGAGCCUAAAAAUUAUCAGCAGUAUCAGAGUGGGGAGGAAUAGUAUAGAGGAAACUACUGUAAAGAUGAUGAAGUUGAUUUUUUAUUAUUUUGAAACUUGGAGUGUAAAAUAACUUUUUGACUUUCACUAUAUUUAAUUAAAGUUCUUUCAUCUCUUCAAAA